UUAUAAACGAUAUCUGUUUGUAUUGAAAAUAAAGUACGGUGCAGUAUGUAGGCUACUUAAAUCUGUGUGUUUGCACUUGUGUGGUUUAAACACCCCUCAUAUUCGUUUGUAGAUGCAGAUAUUUCGGUUUGUUUUUGUGGAAUAAAUAGGCUAUUAACGAUAGGCCUUUGCAAAGCUAGAAAAAUCUGAGAUCAAGGAACGACAAUAGAUAGCCUAUAGGUGAAGGCAUCGACAUUAUAGGGAAGCAAUGUGACCUAAAAAAAUAGAAAAAUAUUCAAUGCAAACAUUGUACACUGAAAGUGCGGUAAAUUAUAAGCUUAAUCGUAAGUAAAAUGCAGACUGUUCGUCGGCAGGACCCUGUGUUUUCCUGGUUGAAGAGUAGUCUAUUCGAAGGUUUUCAUAAUAUGCCACUAAAAUAAAAUGUUUGGCCCUGUUCAAUCCAUUAAAGGGUUAACCCAGAUCGUAAGAGAAUCUGCUGACAUUGUGCUUGAUUUGUAGUAGCAACAGUGACUUUGUUUCAAAGGUCUUCAGUUCGACUUCACUUAGCCUUCAAAAGCAAAGUUCAAAACACUAAAACAAUGAAAGUGACAAUGAUUACAGAUACACUUGAUCACUAUAAGGUAUUUUCUACACAUUUGUAACACAAAUAAUCCGCGCAGGUAUAUUAGCCUGGUUUAGGUUACCCUGUAAACUCACGGACUGUCAUUUUGCACUUCCUGUUUCGGUGAUAAAUUGUAGUUGUUAUUUCAUUUAUUUGCAUGCAGUAGCCUAACUAUAACGGAAUGUGGAUAAGACUAUGACAUUGCGGUUUUAAAAAUUGUUCGUUUUGCGGAGGAUAAACGCUUCUUUCCAUCAUGCCUUAGUCUGGGAGAGACGCAUCUUGCAAAAUGUUUUGAGAACUGGUGUAGACUGGUUAGCCGCGCGCGAGGCACCCAUGUAGCCUUUAUACUUAGUGUACAAAUGGGACGGAAGUCUUACGCAUUCUGUCACCUGGAACGAAAGUGGAAACAAAUGGUCUUUCGUCUGUAGUCAGUUGGCUCAUACAUUGCACCUGAACACUUAGAAAGGUAUACAGCGUUUCUGUGGUUUGAUGCUACGCAUCCUAGGCUACUGUAAUUUCCAGAACACUCUAAAGCGUGAAGUUCCUGUAGGAGAUCUUGCAGACCUUGCCCGAGCUUUCCCGAACACUCCGGAUUAUGUUUUUAACACUGGACCACGAGUAGCCCGGUUUUUGAAUCUCGCGACCAUACUCUCGAAACAGGUUUUUAUUCUAAGGCUUUAGAUAACGAAAGCGCGGAGAAGUAGCGUACGGUGUCACAUUGUAUGAAGCUGAUUCACAUGCCAGCUAAAGCCUGUGUCACAAUGGCGCUGAUGUCUAUGCAGCAGGCAAAGAAAUACAAAGCAAAAACCACGAUUCAUGUAUCGCGAAAUAAACGUUUUCAUGGCCACACAAAUGCAUAGAGCUGGGUUGUCUUUAAUACUAUACGUGUAGAAACAGAACGCUUAUUCGGAAGUGUUGGUUUGGAUAUAUGUAAUUUCAGAUGUCCAAAUAACGUCUUGUCACAGAAUGUUUACUCUCACAGAAGUAGCCUCUCUCAAUGAUGUCCAGCCAACUUACCGAAUUCUGAAACCAUGGUGGGACGUCUUCAUGGAUUACCUCGGAGUCGUCAUGCUGAUGUUGGCAAUAUUUGCCGGGACAAUGCAGUUAACCAAAGACCAAGUAGUUUGCCUUCCCAUUUUGGAAUCCGGAGAAGGGCCUGGAAGCCCAAACAGCUUCACCACUCAGAGGCCAGCAGAGACUACAGUUGCCUCAGGCAAUGGAGAGAAGGUCAACAGAGUCACACUGGCGGCUGCUCCACUGACCUCUAAAGAUGUACCCGAGAGUGUGAUUCGGGAAAUCGCCCAGCCAGCUAUGCUCACGGAAAACAAAUAUCCCGGCCAGCCAGAACCAACAGGGGUUCGAACUAACCUAGAUUUUCAGCAGUAUGUCUUUGUCAAUCAGAUGUGCUACCAUGACGCCUUGCCCUGGUAUUCCAAGUACUUUCCUUACCUCGCUCUCAUCCACACCAUUGUACUCAUGGUCAGCAGCAAUUUUUGGUUCAAAUAUCCAAAGACCAGUUCAAAAAUUGAGCAUUUUGUGUCCAUUUUAGGGAAAUGUUUUGAGUCACCAUGGACUACAAAGGCAUUGUCUGAGACUGCCUGUGAGGACUCUGAAGAGAACAAGCAGAGACUCACAGGUACAACCUCUUUACCAAAGCAUUUUUCAACCAGCAGCGAAGAAGGAAGUCCAAAUCAGUCCACCCCUAUGCUAACAAAAGCUGGGGUAAAAUUCUCUGCAGAGAAGCCUGUCAUUGAAGUCCCAAGCAUGACCAUACUGGAUAAAAAAGAUGGAGAGCAGGCCAAAGCUCUUUUUGAGAAGGUGAGGAAGUUCCGCGCCCAUGUGGAGGACAGUGACUUGAUCUACAAGCUCUAUGUUGCCCAGACCAUUAUCAAAACUGUAAAAUUUAUCAUGAUUUUGUGUUACACAUCAACCUUUGUAGCUGCCAUUAACUUUGAGCACCUGUGUCAGCCUAAUAUCAAACAUUUAACUGGGUAUGCUAGAUUUCAGUGCACACACAACAUGGCAUUCAUGUUGAGAAAGCUGCUCAUCAGCUACAUUGCCCUCAUGUGCGUGUAUGGCAUGGUGUGUAUAUACACCCUCUUCUGGUUGUUCAGACGCUCCCUGAAGGAGUAUUCCUUUGAGAAGGUUCGAGAGGAGAGCAGCUUCAGUGACAUUCCCGAUGUUAAGAAUGACUUUGCUUUCCUUUUGCACAUGGUUGACCAGUAUGACCAGUUGUACUCAAAGCGGUUUGGGGUUUUUCUCUCUGAAGUCAGUGAGAACAAGCUGCGGGAAAUAAGUUUGAACCAUGAGUGGACCUUCGAGAAGCUCCGCCAACAUGUGACUCGCAACGCCCAGGACAAGCUGGAGCUCCACCUUUUCAUGCUCUCUGGAGUGCCCGAUGCCGUAUUUGACCUCACUGACCUGGAGAUUUUGAAACUGGAGCUAAUUCCUGAGGCUAGGAUCACAGCUAAGAUUUCCCAAAUGAUCAACAUUCAGGAGCUGCAUUUUUAUCACUGUCCGGCCAAAGUUGAGCAGACUGCAUUUAGUUUUCUCCGUGACCACCUCAGGUGCCUUCAUGUGAAGUUUACAGAUGUUGCGGAGAUUCCCACUUGGGUAUAUUUGUUGAAGAGCUUGAAGGAAUUGUACUUGAUAGGCAACCUAAACUCUGAAAAUAACAAAAUGAUAGGUUUAGAAUCCCUACGAGAUCUGAGGCAUCUAAAGAUCUUGCAUCUUAAGAGCAACCUCACUAAGAUCCCCUCAAACAUAACGGACCUGUCUCCGCACCUCACCAAACUGGUGGUGCAUAAUGAUGGUACUAAACUGUUAGUACUUAACAGCUUGAAGAAAAUGCUGAACUUAGGUGAGCUGGAGUUGCAUAAUUGUGAACUCGAGCGAAUCCCUCAUGCUAUUUUUAGCUUGACUAACUUACAAGAGCUGGAUUUGAAAUCUAAUAAUAUUCGUACCAUUGAAGAGGUCAUUAGUUUCCAGCACCUCAAGAGGUUGACUUGCCUCAAACUGUGGCAUAACAAAAUCAUCACCAUUCCAUUGUCCAUAAGCCAUGUCAAAAACCUUGAGUCACUCUACCUUUCACACAACAAACUAGAGUCUCUUCCCACGCCCUUAUUCAGCCUCCUUAAGUUGAGGUACUUGGAUGUCAGUCAUAACUCCAUUGUAGUCAUCCCACUGGAAGUGGGCUUCUUGCAAAAUCUUCAGCAUUUUUCCAUCACAAGCAACAAGGUGGAGGUGGUUCCCAAGCAGCUAUUCAAGUGCAUCAAGCUAAAGACUCUUUGUCUGGGGCAUAACAGCAUCUCCACCAUUCCUGAGAAAAUAGGCCAGUUAGUUCAGCUCUCACAUCUAGAACUGAAAGGAAACUGUUUGGACCGCCUCCCAUCCCAGCUGGGGCAGUGUCGCCUCCUACGGAAAAGUGGCCUCUUCGUUGAAGACCAUCUUUUCACCACUCUGCCACCCGAAGUUAAAGAAAGCAUCAAUCAGGAAUCCAAUAUGACCUUUGCAAAUGGGGUAUAGGUACGAGUCGCACAAAGCUAAAUAGUCACUUCUCUUGGUCUGGUUAUGAUGUCAUUUUAGCCUUGUCUGAUGGUAUGGUGAUAUGAAGAGGGCACAAGUUCACAUUCACGCAGUUCUGGGCACAGUGACCAUACUGUGGAAGGGCUUGGUGUAUGGAUGAUUCUAAUUGACAGGAUGGAUGGUUUAACUUACAGGACAAACAGCCAUAUGCUGAACAGUGCACUUUCCCACCAGCUAUGGGAAUUAUCAGAACAUUGGCACUUUGGGCUCUGCUGCUUGUAGUUACACUGAUUUGAAGACUGCAGGCUCCACAAUGAGGUUAUAUAGGGAAAACGCAAACAUCACUGGAAAAAAUAAGUGAACAAUAGGAAUUAGAAAUACCAGGGAAUUUCUCCAGUUCUAAAAGCAGCUUUUCUUAUGUUUAAUUAUAUUUAUGAUAUAGUUCUACCAAAAUACAUAGUAAUUCAGAACCUGACCUUGUAGCCAUUACAGAAUUUGUGAUGGAACUCUGAUUUAUCAGUAAUUCUUCAAAAUAUAUUGCACUGAGCAAACAUUUAUACAUACAAACAAGACUAAAUUGUCUGAACAAAAUUCUCUUUAAAGCAUUUCAAAUUCUGUUCUCUGGUUAUCGUAGUGGUGUAGUCUUUAGCCCUUUACUGGUCUUGGAUGAAGACAUGGAAGGAUAUAUACAGUCAACACCAAUUUAAGAGCACAAUGACUGAACCAAGAGCAUGUUUUAGAGAUGCUACUGCUACAUGCUAAGGAGUUGGCCCUCCCUGCAUGGUUCCCUAUGUCUAUAUUUGGAGCCCUGGCUUAGCUAGACAAUCUUCCGUGUGUAUUUGUAGGCAUGUUGGCAGCACGGUGGCACAGUGGUUCAAAAAGGAGGUUCCGGGUUUGAGUCUUGGCUGGCUGGAUCCUCUCUGCUCUCUGCUCUCUGCUUUCCUCUGGGUACUUCGGUUUCCUCCGAAGACAUGUAGUCGAGAUUAGGUAUACCCUGGACCAAGCCACUGGCCUCUAAACUGGAGAUGGUCCUUGAGCACUGUACUUUGGCUGUCCACUGCUCCUAAUAAGCUAGGGUGGAUCAAAUGCAUAGGACAAAUUACCCUCCAGGGUCAAUAAAGUACAAGUUCACUUUCAAAAUUCCUUGUCCUCUCAAACCUGUAAAAAGGAGCCAAGUCAGCCUACCUUGAUAUCUUGUUUAGUUCCAAAUUUACUAGUGAUGCUACAGUAGUGCUGUGGAAGCACAAGGUAAGGUAUUUUACCUGGAGCUUACUAAAAAUUACCAGUAGGUACUUCAUCAGUUUGAACGCCUCUAAUUUUCUUUCACUUCAAAUUCACGAGUGGGUUUUUCCCAAUAUUUCUUUCUAUUUCCUGAAUUGUAGUGUGAAUUGUUUAUUGUUUCAAGUUCAGUAGUAGUCACUCCACUCCAGUCCAACUCUGUGGUUUCUUAGUUUUUUGUUUUUGUUUUGUUAUAGCAGCUCAAUCAGUUAACAGAUUUGAGUUUAAUUUACCAUUACUGCAUAUCAUAUGGUGCUCCAGCACGGUACUUCUACAAAUUAUUUUUGUAUUAUGUUAAAUUAUUUAAGGUCCUGCAUUUCCUUGUGAAGACAAAAAGCAAAAGUGUGUUUAAAAGCGAGUUCUCUUUCUUGGGUUUUUCUCUUUUUUUUCCAGUGUUUGUGUAUGUUUUUGAUUGGUCCAUACAGUUAUUGUGUGUGAUGAAGGAUACAUUAAAUAUUUAGAGAAGUUUCUUAUGACCUGUCGAAUUUACAGUGGCAGGUAUGGGACAUUUGGGGUUUGUGGUCUAAAGUCUGGAGUUACUUCAUAACUCCAAAAUGGUUUCUAUGGCUCUAAAGGAUGUGCAUUGUACGUACAUUAAAACUGAAAUAACCUAAUGAAAAAAAAAAAAAAACCCCAGAACUUAACUCUGCCUUUGUAGACUGUAAAGGUAUAAUCAAUUACACACCGACAGAAUUACACAUUAAAUAAUGUAAUGACUAUUUAAGGGAAAUUAAUUCAGAAACAUGCAAUAAAUGUUAGUUAUGCAGGCAAUAAAAAUGACUGGCAAGGGACAUUUAGAAAUGUAGGUCAGUAGCUUUUCCAAAUCAAUACGGCUUAACUUGCAAAACCCAUCUGCAGUACUGUAUUUGGCAGUUCUGCAAUGAGAAACAUACAAUAAAAUCAACAUGUCCAUAUAGAUAGAAAUGUUCGUAUUAGGCCACUGUUUAAAGGAGAUGUUCUCUCAGUGAAAGCUCUGCCUUCUGAGCAUGCUAAAAAUGACAACCAAUCAUGUCAUUGAAUGUCACAGAAUCUCUUUGUAUAGCACUAAAUGAGGAAGUAUGACUAGUAAAACGAUGGUAUUCCACAUGCAGGUGUGUGUGAUAAUGUGAUACAUUGUUAUGAAUUUGAGAAUGAUGAUAUAUUCAUGACAAAUGGUAUACUAUGACACAAUACUGCAAACCAUGAAUACAAAAUUGUUCUGUUUGCUCACAUAUUUGGGAAAAGGCUGAAUGGUAGAAAUCCUGUCUCUCCAUUCGUCUUUCUCUUCAUUUAUACUGUUAUAUUAUUUUUAAUAAAUUAAAAUUGUGAUGUUAGGUUUAUAGGCCAUUAUAGGAGCUUGUAGUAAUUUUUUCAUGUUUUUAGAAGCAGCAGAAUAAUUGAUUAGUCAGACAAUGUGUUUUUCUUUUUAUAUUUAUUUGAUAUUACCAAAUGUUGAAGUAUGAGCUUUAUAUGAAUAUUUAAGGAAAAUGGUGAGAGUUGUGAGGGAUGAAACUACCCCUCAUAUGGGUAGAGUUAAUCUGGAGAAUUAUUCAUUGGGACAAUGAAUCCUCAUUAAGCCUUUUUAAUUUUAGAAAACAAAAGCUCUAUUUCUGUUUGAGAAUGUCACUGUACUUUUUUUUUUUACAUUAGCAAACUGUAACUGAACUUACUCAAUGCAGUUUUAAUACAAAACAGUUUUCAUUCUUUACUUAAACACUUUACUUAAAACUGGAAUCUCUAAUAUGAGGCCGCCUAUGAAAUGUGUUUGUUUUUAAUUAGGUCAUAGUGCAUGUACUGCUUGAACAUGAAACAUUUUUGUUUGUUGGUGUUUCUUAAAUGCCACUGUUGCUAGAGAACAAUAUGACACACAAUUUUCAUUUAUGCAGUGUUAUUUGGGAAACCUCUGUAUAAUGUUCAUGUGUUUUUUUUUCCUUUUGAAAUGGCAUUUUUAAUUUCUAACAACUAACAACAUGCUAUUUAAUAACUGUCAAUGUAACUCAAUGACAUGAAAAAAUCUGAAUAGAUUUUUCUUCAAUUUAUACUGCUUAAAUGAUCAUGUUUUUUAAGAUAAGCCAAAUAUUUAUUUCCAAAUAAAUAAUUUCACAAAUGUUUUACAUUUGGUUGACAUUGAUUUAACUUACAAACUGUAUUGUGUGUAUUCUACAUGGCUCAAUACCAAUCCAACUGUGUUGCAGGUGUCAUGUGAUAGCCACAUAUAAUGCAGUUUCUUUUCCAUGUGUUGUAAGCCCACUUGUGAAUGAACACCACGAUGCAUUAAAAUUGGGGACAACAAUCAUUGCUAAUUUAUUUCACAGAAAAUAUAAAUCACUCUAUUAAGUUCCUACUCAUUGUUAGUUUGAUUUUGAAAAUGCUGUAUUGUUUCCAACAAUAAAUACAGUGAAAUUAGA